AUGUCUAGCUCGAUGGAACCGAGGCCUCUCACAUCGGCUAUGGAGAGCCCGACGUUUGAAGAGGACAGCUCCUUUCAUGUAGAGCAACCGGUGGGUUCUAUGUCAAUAUCCCCUUGUGGACGCGAUGUCGUUUUAGCAUCCAAGGAGGGCCUACAUGUCAUCGACCUAGACUCGCCAUAUUCUCCACCGCGGUAUCUCCCUCACCACACACCAUGGGAGGUAGCUGAUGUUCAGUGGUCUCCAUUCGCUGCACGUGAUCAGUGGGUUGUCAGUACAUCUAACCAGAAAGCGUUGGUCUGGAAUUUGGCUAUGAAGACAUGGCAGAACUCCAUCGAAAUUGUUCUUCACGCCCAUUCUCGAGCAAUUACCGAUAUCAAUUUCUCGGCAUUCCAUCCGGAUAUCUUAGCGACGUGUUCCGUGGACAGUUUCGUGCACUGCUGGGACCUACGUGCUCCCUCGCGACCAGCGGUCUCAUUCUCAGAUUGGUUUACUGGCGCAACGCAGGUAAAAUGGAAUAGACAAGACCCUCAUGUCAUUGCAAGUUCCCAUGACCGGUUCCUUCGAAUUUGGGAUGACCGCAUGGGCGCCUACCCAAUCAAAUCGAUCGAAGCACAUAACACCAAGAUCUAUGGAGUCGACUGGAAUCGUGUUCGACGCGGUGCUGUAGUCACAUGUUCCUUAGAUAGAACUAUCAAGUUCUGGGACUACACCAACGAUUCAGAUGUUCCUGAAAAGCAAAUUCACACACCAUUCCCCGUGUGGCGGGCACGCAAUACGCCGUUUGGAUGGGGUAUGCUCGCAAUGCCACAGAGAGGCAACAAUGACCUUCACCUGUACAGCCGGCGAGCCGCAGAAGGCUCAAAUCCAGAGGACGACUUACCGUUGGUACAUAGUUUUCCCGGACACAAGGGACAAGUCAAAGAGUUCUUGUGGAGACCGCGCGGAGGUGUAGCGAAUGGAAUUGACCAUCGCGAAUAUCAACUUGUUACGUGGGGAACAGACAGGGAGCUUCGUCUGCAUAAAGUCAACCCUGAAAUUCUGGCGCGCGUCGGGUACGAAAAGGGCAAGUCUUUUAUUUCUACGCGAACUGUGACACGACUCGGUGCCGUAUAUCGGAGUUUCCGCGACGUGAAUUCAGAUUUGGAUCUCGAUGACGUUGACGUGGCUUCCUCUGUUGGCCACCAGAACCAGAAUAUCGCGGCAGGUACUGGGAUGAACGCCAUUACUGUUCCGUACGCUCGGGGUUGGAUAAAGGGAGGCCAUAUUGAUCGAGUUGGCAUGCAACCCAGGUCAAAUUUAAGAGCCGAUACAAAUCCAAUUGCUUGGAUGCGCGGUGUAAAGAUCUCAGGCUGGGACAUUGAGACAUUAGGAGAUGAAAUCAGCCAGGUUGGUGAAAAGUUCACUAAGGUUGCAUUUGAUUCAGUUGAUGUCCGACAAAGAAAGAUUUCCAUCUCUCUAAAUGGGCCCUGGGGUACUGACGGGGCCUCCUUGUUUUUGAAGGUUGAUAUCAAGUUUCCAACGAGCUAUCCCAAGACGGCUAUCCCAACCUUUGCAUUCCAAAAGACGGCAGCCGUCACCGAUGAGUGGGCUGCGAAGACUACCGCUGAAUUGCGUACAAUUGCUGAGACCUACAUGUCUCGGAAUCGAGGGUGCCUGGAAGGUGCUGUGCGUUAUCUUUUAGGCGAAAGCAGCCUGGAGGACAGCGUCGCGUGGAUAUUGGGUGAAACUGGCGAUACCCUCAAGUCCCCUAACAACGGUGAACUGGAAGGUGAAUCCAGCGACGAGGAUGAAGUCGGCAUGACUCAGAGCCAAGAGCUGGGGAUGAGUUCUGAGCUACUCCGCCCUGUCAAUGCCAACGUCAUGGUGCCUGUGGCCAAAGUAUGCGGGGCGCUUUGGGCAAAUGACGGCCGCCUCAUUUGCUUCUUCCCGCCGAAACCAAAGAAGGAUAAAUCAGCCGAGUUGUUCGAGAACAUGGGCUUCAAAGAGAUGACUCGUUGGUCUCGAGGCGAUAAAGUUUUUGAAGGCUUCGGCCGGUUGCAUACCAACUCACCCGGCCCACGCGGAAUCGGAACGAUAACGAGCACAGAUGAUGGUACAUCGGAUGAUUCGGACGAGUCAUACUCGGAUACAUCGAGCUCUUCGGGCUCCUCUGACGUCCUUUCUGGGCUACCGACACCUUUCCCAGCAUCCCGAACAUGGCGCAGUGCCGGCAGCUAUGGCAUUCACCGGCCGCGAUCAACAGAUAAUUCUCAGCGGUCUACUGGAGGUGGUGCCACAGUCAAAUCAGAGGCACCCCAGAAUAUCGUAUCUAUUCAUAAUCUGAGUGAUAUGUUACCCGUCAAGCGGGAGUUAGCGAGUCAAUACCGCAUCUGUGGCAAAGGGACAGAUGUAUGCGCCCAUAACGCGGCUGUUGCCCUUGACGCUGGCUGCUACGAAUUGGCCCAAAUCUGGGGUCUAAUCAAGUUGAUAUUGCAUGUUCGAAAAUGCCCUGGCACUUUGCCUGGGUCAGGGCUGUCGCAAAGGCGUACGCGCAAAAAAGCGGGCAGAAUUGGUGAUCUUGGAAAAGAUGGGCUGUAUAGAGACUUGACGGGCAGUGUUAUUCGCUGGGGUGACCACCCUCUUGGCAGUCAUUGGCUUGUCCCUGCUCUUUUCGAACACUUUGAGCGCAUUGGGGAUGUGCAAAUGGUGGCAAUGCUGUCGUGCGUACUACUGGAAGCCAACCAAGAGGGAUAUUUGGAGAAUCAGCGAGCCAAAAAGACGCCUGGGAGACAGGAUUUCUCAUUAGAUUUUCCUCCUGUCCCAUCCGCAAUUUCAACCAAGCCACCACUCGCGACGCCAGCUUCAUCUGUUCUCAAAGAGGCCCAGGCUAUGCCCCCGCCCCAGACCUCGACACGCUCUUCUAGUGAGAUCUGGCGUCUCGAUUCCACUCCCCCGUAUUCCACAGGCACCACGCCUCCAUUCAUGUCCCGUCCACGAGGCAUCGCUGCUGAUCGAAAAAAUACCACCCACAAUGUGUCCAUGGCUGCAUCGCCUGAUCAACAAACCCAAGCACGAAGUGGAUCUGGGUUUGGAUCGGUGCUGGCGUCCUCAUUAUCUCGUUCAUUCACAUUCGGACCGUCAUCUGCGUCACCGCCGACAACUAGAAUGGACAAGAAAAAGCCGACUCCUCACAACAGCCCAGUUGUGGCAGCCGGACAAGUGUCACAGGCUCAGUCCGACACCGAAAGCGAUCAACCAACGGAGCCUACACCACCACCCGCAAGAUUCAAGGUCACAUACAAGAACCAAAUUGCAUUUGAAAGCGACGGACCAGCGCAAGACUCUUUUCUUGACAGAGAUGAGGAAUUGCUGUAUCGAUCAUACCGCACUGCUUAUGCAAACUUAUUAUCGAUUUGGGACCUUCCUGUCCAACAAAGCGAGGUGACAAAGAUUGGAGCUGUGGCUGAUCGAGUGGACGACUUGACUUCAAGCCAUUACUGGAACAGCACUAGCUCCGAAGAGACCGCAUUGCAAGAUCCACAUUCGAAGCCAAACUCUCAAACUCUUGACUUCCAGCGCCAUUGCGCCAGCUGUGGCCACGCGUUGCAGCUCUCCGUCUUUAAUAAGGAACCCCUAGCCCCGAAUACCCCCUCCAAGCGAAAUCAGCGCAAACCAUCAGGCCGCCGAUGCCCUAACUGCAAGCCCCGGCAGCCACUGCCAACCAAACUGCCCUGCGUCAUCUGCGGCGAGGUGAUCAACGGUAUGCUGAUUCCCUGUCUGAGCUGCGGACAUGUGAGCUGUUUCGACUGCCACCGGCGAUGGUUCCUUCGACCGGCCGACAAAUUCGACAGCUCAUUCGCCCAUCCAGACCAGAACAAGUUCCUUCCAACCUGUCCGACAGGAUGCGGCUGCCAGUGCUCUGAACACAUUGCCGUUGAUGUCCCCAUGCCCUUGUUAGAGCCGGUAUCAUCCCCUGGUACUAAAGAAUACGCACCCAUCACCCAGCACAGCCUUGUACAGGCGAAACACUCUCAUCGUCGACAGUCUGAGCCCGUCGGCUUGGUUUCUAACCGAAAAGAGGAUCCGCGCCCCAAGGGCGUUGGCCAGCUCGAACACGAUUUGGAUGUGUGGCAGGACUCGUCGCCGUUUGCAUCUCUGGCGCGCGGUCUUGGCGGUGGGCUGAGUCGUGGUUUGCGGACGAAAGAAGAUCGGAAGAAGAACAAAUCUGUCGCCAUGGAAUCGAAUUUGAGGAAUUCUUGA